GGGCUAUUACAUACGGUAUAAACUUAUAUAGAAUACGAUUAUUGUUGUCAUAUAUUCGUGCAAUAAAGUCCCGAAAAAAUAAAACUGAAAUAUUAAUAUAAUUAAAAUGUUGAAAUUUUACUAUAUUACCAUUCAAUUAAAAAUAUAAAGAUCACCUUGUAAAUACAAUGCUAACAAAUUCAGCUCACGAAACAUUUUAUGAGACUUAAAUUCAUUACUCGCGGAGUCCGGUUUGCUUCCAGUACGCUUAAAAUAAUGGAAUUUUCCGAUCCGCCUGCAAGUGCUUCAUACUGCUGUGCAGAAAGCAACGAUGGUAUUCCACCAACCUUCGCUAUGUAUGAAGCGCUAAAAGACUCUUGUCAGAACAACGCGACAUUCUUCAAACCGGACGAUACAGAAAACGGACAACGUUUAUAUCAAGGAUUCAUGACAUUAAGUGACCAUAUAGAAACGGUGUGGCCCCUGGUGGACCAUGUACGAAAAGUAGCACCACAAUAUGAUUUUGAUACAAAAUCUCCCGGAAACGGAUACCGAAGUUUUGUUUCAGUUGUAGACUCGUGUGUGUUAUACAGUCUCAAACUAAGUCGGCAAGUCAGUACAGGACGUGAAGCACUUCUAUUCCGAAAAAGCCACUUUGUGAAGGAAAUAGAGUCGUGCGGCCAACUUUUAGCAUCGCUCGGAACCUGUUUACAUCACCUUCAGACUUUACUUGGUUGGGCACCCCCCGGAGAACUGUUUCCUACCGAACAUCAUACACCCGAAGAACUAUUCUCUCAAGCCGACACAAUAAAUCAGUAUUGCUUCUACGGAAGAUGUCUUGGCUUUCAAUUCAUACCAUCGAUGCGCGGAAUACUAAAAGGCAUAUCCAUAUGUAUGGCGGGUUUCUCUGAAGCGUACUACUGUCACGGAAACGUGAUUAGCUCUGUUUGGACCGGAGGGCAGUACCUGAUCAACCCUGAGUUGAGGGCUAGGCGUAUCGUGAAUAUAUCGCAGUCGGCGAGUAUAGAAUUCUGCAAGGCGUUUUGGUUUUUAGCUGAAAGCGAAAUAAUGAAGCGUGUCCCCAGUUUGAUGUCUUCGACGGUGGCCGUUAAUAAAAUCAUAACGAUACCACCUGAACCGUUGACGGUGACCACCCUCGAAGAUAAGGAGAUCACCGUCCUACCACCCACCGUACAUAUAGGGCUUCAGGGACUGAACAUCAGACUUAUUAGUGUAAACAAGAGGGUCGGUAUGGCCGGCGAGAGUUCCUCAUCGCUGCCGCCGUCGGAUGGCGUCCUUUUCCACUGCCACGGAGGAGGCUUCGUGGCCCAAAGUUCCAAGUCGCACGAGACUUACCUCCGGGACUGGGCGGCCAAACUGAACGUGCCAAUUAUGUCGAUCGACUACAGUCUUGCACCGCAGGCGCCCUUUCCUAGGGCUUUAGAAGAGGUCUACUACGCUUAUUGUUGGCUGUUGAAUAAUUUUAAAACAGUCGGAACUACGGGUAAAAGAAUAGUGUUCGCCGGGGAUUCGGCUGGUGCCAAUCUGGUCGCGGCUUGCACUGUGAAGAUAUUAUCGACCGGCCUGCGUAAGCCUGACGGCAUGUUCCUGGCGUAUGCUCCUCUCAACGUGAACUUCGUGCCGAGCCCGGCGCGGCUGCUGUGCCUAAUGGACCCUAUACUCCCCUUCGGGUUCAUGAUGAGGUGUCUGAAAGCCUACGCCAGUCCAAACAUGAGCGGGAACAGCAAGGACAGCAAGGACGACAAAGAGAACAACCAAAGCGUUUUGCCGAACACAACAAGCACUCCGAGCGACACAAACGGCUUCCUGAAAGUUAGCCAGUCUCAAGAAGGUAUCAGCGAAGGUCCGUCGUCGUUCGAAGAGGUUUCACCGUCGGACCUCGCCGAGCUUCAGGCGCACAAGUCCGGCAGCGAACGAAGGAAGUCUUCGGACACCACGAUCAGUGCGGCCUCGUUGCAGAGCGAACACACCGUCACCGGCACAACUCCUCCCGAAGACAAGUCGCAACAGUACGUCACGGAUUUCUUAGAGCGUUACGUGCUGGACAGUGAUACUGACUCCGAGGGGCGGAAACUGAAUAGAGCAGCCAACAACGAUGGCUCGCAGAGGGAGAUCGAAUCGGAAAACUCCAGUACACUGGUCGCCGAAAAACCGUUAACAGUCCCAACUGAAGAGGAGGGCCCCGACAACAGGAUGAAGAUUAAAACCAGAAUAAGUGAAGCGGCCACCGGCUUCAUGGGCGCGAUGCAGACCAGGCUGGCCUACAUCACGGGGUCCAGCGCCAUCGUCAGGCCCACACAGGAAGACUUGGCGGUACGCACGAAUUUGGAUGCUCUGAUAGCUCGCAGUCCGUCCGAAGAGUUCAUAUUCUCGGUGCCUCGGGACCCUUAUCUGUCUCCGUACUGGGCCGAUGAUGAACUGCUCAAGAUGUUCCCACCCGUCAGGAUAUUGACUGUACAUUUGGACCCGUGCCUGGACGAUUGCGUGAUGUUCGCCAAAAAAUUGAAAACACUCGGAAACGUUGUCGGCAUCGAAGUGUUAGAGGGCCUGCCUCACGGAUUCCUCAAUUUCUCUCUCAUGGUCAAGGAAGCGAACGAGGGUUCGAAACUUUGCGUCGAGAGAAUGAAGCAGUUAUUCGAUUUGGACGCGGCGCCCGCGGCCGCCGAUAACCAAUUAUGAAUGUGUGGCCUCUGCUGCCUUAAAACGUAGUCGUUACGAGGCGAGGCUGCACGCGGUGCCUGUAAUCAAUCGCAUCGGAACUUAUUGACAAAAAAAAAAAAAAACAAUCGAAUUUUAAAAAUCGAUUGUCUAUUCGUAAAUAAUUCGGUAUUAUGCGAACAAUAUAUAUGUGUAUAUAUAUUCGGACUAUUGUGAGUUUAAAAAAUAAAUACUAUUUCGUGGGCUUAUUACAAUACGUACAUGUGAUUGAUCAUACUUUUACGGUUUAAUCUCAAAAUAUCCGUUAUAUUUCGUUGAAUUAUUUGGUUUUAGAACACUCAAGGCAACCCCUUAUUAAUGCUGGCAACUCCGUGAUUAGCACGCUAUAUGUUUAAUCCAGAAAAUGAAUUUGUUAUAAUUUGCUUAUAAUAUUUGGUAGAUUAUUUUAUAAGUGGAAACACCGAGCUUUAUAUAAGAAUCUCGGUUAUUUCACGUUCCCUGUGAAAUUUGUUUAGGGAUAUACAAAUAAAAUAGAGAAACGAAAUAUGCCUAUAGUGUAUUAAUACAUGUUAUUGUACACAAUGUACACUGUUCACAAUGAGGCUUCAUUGCCGAUUACUAUCAGAACGUUAGUUUCAUUAUUGCGUUUAGUUUACUUUUAUUUUGAUACAGAAUUAAAGUAAAAUAAAAGAAUAGAUUUGAAAAUCCUUAUAAAUCAUGUACAGAUGAAUUAUGAAUCGCUUGUGUUCCGAAUAAAAACGUGAAACGGAUUUUGUAUGUGAAAUGUUGUUCUCGGCUCGACAAAUUUACUUUGGGCUUGGACACACCAAUCGAUACCAAGUCGAGGAUCGAUAUGGAACUUGCCCAGCAAAGUAUCCAAGGUCCUUGAUGUACGUCUAGGAUUCAACGCACCUGAGACUGCCGCUGCUAUUUCUAAGCGAAGUGUGCGUACGAUGUUGCUUCGCUUCGUCAUUCGGUGAAUCCAAACAUAUAGAGGGGAUUGGCGUGUCGAAUGUCAAUUUUGAAAUUUACCACAAAGACUACAGAUUUUUUUGUCAAACGUUACCUUAGAACUUACUUCAAGCCAACUUAACUGAUCAGUACAGUUCAAACGCAUAGCUCUACAUAAAAAUCAUGUAGCGUUCCUUUGCAUUAAAAUAUCACUGAUAUGUAUUUAUCACUGAAGUAUUAUUGUACAGCAAUUUACAAUAAGAGAGCAACUGUUGCAUUGCUUUCGUAAUAUUAAUAUAUAUUCCAAGUACAUAAUGUCAACGUCCUUAAAACAAUAUGCUCACUAGAACUUGCUAUAGAGGAAUAUAUAAAGUCCUAAUUCUAGUUAGAUCUCUCAAUAAGAUCUGUCCGCAUGUUUCGACCAAAUGAAAGUUACUUAGAUUAAAUUAAAAUAGUAUAUUUAGUGUUAUUAAAUUUUACCUUAGAUUUAUCAUUGUUCAGUUAUGUUUGAUAGAAGUUAUUUAAACGCAAAAAUAAAAACGUGUACUGUCAUGGUGUUGCAAGAAAAAUAAAUGCUUCCAAAGUGAAAAAAAAAAAAAAAAUGGCAAUUGAAUGAUCGCAAUAUUUUAAAAGCAUUUUAGCUGUACGUACCUGAUUGAACAAACACACUGCAUUGCUUUAAUACUUGAUAUCUGUAGUGAUUGUAACCUUAAAUUUAUAUUUAUAUAUAUUUAAAUAUAUUGUUACUAGUACUAGGUAGUUUAUAUUUGUAAACAAAGAUGAAAUAUUAAACUAAUUGUUUAUGAACAAGAUGCAUCGUAUAUUAUUUUUUAAUAUAAUUAAUGUGAUAUAUUUAAUAAAUGUAGUUUACAAAUACGUUAAUAAUUCUGAAUAUAAAAAAUAUCUUAAUUUCAAUAUUAUAUAUUGUAACAAAUUAAAUAGUCCUAAUUAAACACUAUUACUAUACUAACUAACCCUAUUAAAGAACACUAUCGAGUUAUUAAAGAACCUGUUAAAUAAUAGUGUUUACAAUGUAUAUAACCCCAAAAGUUUAAAAAAAAUCAUAAUCCAAAGUAAAUUAAUGAAUCAUGUUUUUAGUUACUUCAAAAACUGUUAUCACAACCAAAUUAACGUAACAUUAUACAAUUGUAUAUAAUCUGUUCAAAUAAACUGUAAUUCUAUUUUUGCCUUGGUUUUAUAUGUAAAAUACAAUUAUUUUUUUAUAACAAAAAGUUCGUUAAAAUGUUGCAUUAGUUAACAUAUUUGCUAUAUUAUCUGUUUGGUAAAAUAAAACAAUUAAAAUUAAUUUAAUAACAUUUUUAUAAAUCGUAUAUUUUUUUUUAAAAACGAAUAGCCCUUUUUUAUUAUUGUCUGACACAUAAAAUGUUAUUGAACAUAUACAAUGUACUAUGUACCAAAGUUGCCUUUAUCAGUAUUUCAACUUAUUUACUGAUAAUAUUAUUGGUAUUAUUAUAUAAUUCCUGAUUUAGCUUCAAAUUUCAAUUUAGAAUGAUUUUAAGCCUACCAAGCUAAUCAAUGCAGCAGCCUGAACCAGUUCAUUAUUGUUUUAUACAAUAAUGAAUUUUGCAACAUUUUGACCCCAAUGGUUUAAUAAUGUCACAAUUUUUUCGCCGCUGGCGUAAAUAGAUCCUAUUUUUAUCUCGAAAUUGCUUCAUUUCGCUUACGUCGUCGUGGCCUAAAGGAUAAGACGUCCUUAACGAAUACGUACUUAACAAAUGUUCACGAUUGACUUUCACGGUGAAGGAAUAACAUCGUGUAGUAAAAAUCAAACCCGCAAAAUUAUAAUUUUAUACAAUAAUGAAUUUCAAUAAUGAAUUCAAUUAAUAUUUAAAUAGCAUAUUAAAUAUUAACAUCUGUGAUAAUGAAAUGAUGUUUGUAAAAAUGUUAAGAACAGCAUUUAAACGAAACACGUACUUACUAAUUAUAUUGUAUCUUCUAAUAAAUGAAUUCUUAAAGAGAUUGUAAAAUAUAUAUAUAUAUCGACGCUUGAAAGGCAAACGUGACUAAGCGACAAUGCCUGAACUUUACAGUAGACUAAUUUAAAGUUGAAAUACCUGAAAACAAAAUUUAUUUUAACGAAUCUAGCUGUAGUAGAAUCUAGCUAGUAGCUGUAGGAUUGAAAUGAUUUUAAUAGACCUAGAAAUAUAUAUUUUUUACGCAUAGAAUAUGGUCAUUGCCUAUCAUUUAUGUACAAAGCAGUUAUUGUCGCUUAGUCAUGUUUGCCUUUCAAGCGUCGAUAUAUAUAUAAUAAAUAUUUUUAUAGUGCAUCGCAUUUGGUUUUGUGAAAGAUUUAAUUUACACAACUUUAAUGUGGUAUGUAGUUAUUUGAUCGAAAUGUCUUGAUGUUAACUAAGUAUGUUUACUUAAAAUUAAUAAAUACAAUAUUAAACUAGCAUGCACCACGUUUUGUAUAUUUAUUUCCCGUGUAAGAAUGACUCGGCGUUAAGCUCUGCAGUGUUGUGGUUAACCGAGAUAUUGUAUAUCAGUAAUGUAAAAUUUUGAAAAGGAUGACUAGUCACAAUAAACAUAUUAUAUAUAUACUAAAUGUUAUUAUGUUACUUAUUUAAAUAAAUUAUUGAAUUAGA